AUGCAGACUAAACAUCGACUAAUCGGUAUCGCAAACAUUAUAAAACUCAGUGUCGGUAUUGGUAUCGCGAGUAUCGACUCAGAAUCUCAGAAAAAGCUGACCGAAAGGGCAAAGGUUUUACUGCCAGACCUCGACUCUAAAGGAAGACCAACGUGUCUGUCGAGUCCGGACGACACCUUUUGUGAAGCCGUCCAAAAUUAUCCAAACGCAACCAUCAAACAGGAGAUUGAUUUCUCUCCGCUUCAAUUCCUUGAAAUAUUUGGCACCAAAGAUAUUGACGGAAGAAAGAGCUAUAUUGACGACGAUUUGACAGAAGAGAGAGUAUGUCGUCGAAUACCAAAAGUGAUUUAUCCACAAAUGGCUAAGAAUGAGGCAAAUCAAUGGAUUUAUGUGGUCAACGAAGUCGAGUACACUCAAGCAGUUGUCGCCGAGAUUUGCGAAAAAGAAGGCAAAUCAUGUGCUUAUUUAGAUAACAAUUUACCUCCGGGUAUGUAUUCGCGGUGCCGACAAAAAUACUCAUACAAACGAUUGCUUGCAUUACAUCCGACUGAGAAGAGGACAUAUUCGGACAAAUUCAAGUUCCCGUCGUGUUGUGCCUGUUAUGUCAAAUCCAAUGAUAUUCUCGGCAGAACUCUCAGGACUGGUCGCAAGAAAACCUGAUCCACUAAUUCUACCGCAA